UAUGAAUACGGUUCAAAUUUUCGGAGUCUAAUAUUUUAUACAAUUGAAGGACCACGUCUAUUAAAUUUGCAGUUAAUAUCCAAAUUAAUAUCAGACUGCACAAGACUGCGUUUGUCUCUUUCUUGUUGUUUUCAACAUUCUUGGUGAAUAACAAGGAUCAUAUACAAUAUUUUACCUGGAAACGCAAUGGCAAUAAUUAACGUUAAAGUGCGAAAAAACUCAGGAAUGGAUCUUGCUUACAGUACUAAAAUACAUAUUGACAUGGACCAAACUGUUACCGAUUUGAAGAAUUAUCUAUACGAAAAGGAUAACACUCUAGACCUCGAACGAUUAAUUAUUAUUUAUUGCGGAGAAUGUUUAGAAGAUGAGGAAACUCUUACUCAUUACAAUUUAUUCGACGGAGCUACAGUGCAUGUGUAUACAGACCUUAAACCAGCGAAGUCGUCUAUGCAUUCAGUACUUGAAGCCAAACCUGAUAAAUCGUUAAUAGAAUCAGUUUUUCAUGCAUUCUUACAUUUCCCAAGUCAAAGAGCUAAAGUGAUGAAACUUGUUGAGGCAGAAAAUAUUCAUAAAAUUAUCAUAGACACUCCGGAAUUGAGUGAAGAUCCUGUUGCCGUUACACUAUUACAACAUUUCGAAUUAUUAGCGGAAAACUAUAAUGCAGAAAAUAUCGAUCGCUUCAUAAAUGAUAAUCCUGCAUUGUCAUUAGCUAUAUGGAGGAUUGGUUUAACUAUUUUUAACAAAACUGAUUCGCAGGUCCAAACUUCAAGCCCAGACGGAAGUGUUAUUAAUUAUAACACCGAAGAAUAUUUGUUUCCUGCUAUUGAGGUCAGUAGUCAAUCUUUAUCUAGAAAUUUAUCCCCUAGACCUAUUACUGCUGAGGAGUUAGAGCAUGCCUUAGCAAGUAUAACACAACAACUACAGCCUAGUACUAGUGGUGCAAGUACAUCUAAUGCAAACGAAAGAAAUUUGUUAUCAGAACAACAUCAAGAAAUUCAACGUACUCGUUUAGGUACUCAUAAUAUAAUUCAGGAAACACAGCAAAUUCUAAAUAAUUUAGAAAAUUCAAUUCAAUCAUUUAUAAACAACAUCAACAACUCAGACAUCCCGCCCAAUGACACAGAUCAUAACAGUGAUGUUGAUUAA